CACACCAGACCACCAGGAAGACAGAAAAAACCCCCAGGAAGCGAUACACCAGCUCUGCUCCUAGUAAGCGACUCCGACAUUGUCUCCAGCAAACCUUACAGAGAUUAAUGAGUCGUAAGAAAUGGACGACUUAGGGUAUAUUUUAGGCGCCUCUAAAAGCAAUCCUUACAGAGAUUAAUCAGUCGUCAGAAAUGGACGGCUUAGGGUAUUUUUGAGGCGCCCCUAAAAGCAAUCCUUACAGAGAUUAAUCAGUCGUGAGAAAUGGACGGCUUAGGGUUCUUUUGAGGCUUAGGGUAUUUUUGAGGCGCCCCUAAAAGCAAUCCUUACAGAGAUUAAUCAGUCGUCAGAAAUGGACAGCUUAGGCAAUUUUUUAGGCGCCUCUAAAACCAAUCCUUACAGAGAUUAAACAGUCGUCAGAAAUGGACGGCAAUUCCUACGGCCGUCAUCAUCGCCGUCAGUACAGUCGGAGCCAUCUUCCCUACGCCGUCCCACAAGCUCUCGGAGCCAGCGAUGGCUGUUCCUCCCUAUGGCCAGCCGCUCCUAGCAGUAUCCCUGGUGGCAGUAUCGCCAGCAAUAUUGCUGGCACUACUAUCCCCGAUGGCUUCCCGGGCGGUUUCCCCGGCAAUGCCGCCGCCGUUCCCACCGCUUCCGCCUCCGCCGCUGUUUCCAUCCCCCAGUUUCUCCCCACUCACUCGCCGGUCGUUUCCGCCUUCGGGGCAGCUCGUUCCGCCGCGGAGCAUUCGGGGGGGGCAUUGCAGCCGUUUUUCCGGAAUGAGGCGCAGCCAUCCGCGCCAUCCGCCCCUUCCGCACAGUCUGCUCUUGAGUUCGCCCUGCUCGACUCCCAGCUGCUACCCGCAGUCGCGCAGCAGCUGUCGCAGCAGUCGUCGCAGCAACCGUCGCAUCUGCUGUCGCAGGAUGUGCAUCAGGAAGAGCAGUUCGGUCAGGCUCCCUUGCGGCGGAGUCAGCAUCAGCCGCAGCAGUACCAGAACCAGCAGCAACAGCAGCAGCAGCAGCAGCAACAGCAGCGGCAGGGGGAGCAGCAGUUGUUGCAGCACCAGUUUCAGCUGCACGAACAGCAGCAGCAGCAGCAGCUGUUUCAGCAACAUCUCUUCCAGCAACAGUCGCAGCAGCAGCAGCCGCAGGCGCCAGUAGCGGAUCAGCAGCGAGUCAUUCAAUAUCUAGUGCAACAGCAGCGAAACGUCCAAUCGGCCGCAAACUGGCACCGUCAGCAGCUGCAGCCGCAGCAUCAAGGGUACGAGCAGCAGCGUCAGCAGCAGCAGCAAGGGUACGAGCAGCAGCGUCAGCAGCAGCAGCAAGGGUACGAGCAGCAGCGUCAGCAGCUGCAGCAAGGGUACGAGCAGCAGCAGCAAGGGUACGAGCAGCAGCAGCAGCAGCAGCAGCAAGGGUACGAGCAGCAGCAGCAGCAGCAAGGGUACGAGCAGCAGCAGCAGCAGCAGCAGCAAGGGUACGAGCAGCAGCAGCAGCAGCAAGGGUACGAGCAGCAGCAGCAGCAGCAGCAGCAGCAGCAAGGGUACGAGCAGCAGCAGCAGCAGCAAGGGUACGAGCAGCAGGGCCCAUCAGAGCCGUACCAGCAGCAGCAGGUCUACCGGCAGCAGCAGGCGCAGCAGCCACAGGAGCAGUUUCAGAUUGAGCAGCAACAGCAGCAGCAGCAGCAGCAGCAGGUAGAUCAUCCGUAUUUUCUCGACUUUAUGCACCAGCAGCAGCAGCCGCACGAUCAGCAGCAAUUGCAGCCGCCAGAGGAGCUGCAGCAGGUGGGGCAGCAUGCAGAGGAAAACGAUUUUCAGACGCAGCUACACCCGUUCUACACCCAGCAGCAGCAGCAGCAGCACGAGGAGGCAGCAGAGGAGGAGGAUGUGGGGGAGGAGGAGGAGGAGGAGGAGGAUGAAGAGGAGGAAGAGGAGGAGGCUGAGGGAGAGUAUCCGGAAGAGGGAGAGCAGCACGAGUUGCAGGGGGGCUUAUCGCUUGUCGGCUCCGCAGUGGCAGGUUUGGAACUCGUAGGCUCGGCAGUGGCAGACCUAGCAACGGACGGAGCAGUCCCGUUUGUUCUGGAAGAGGUUGAGAUUGAGGGUGCGAUUGAAGAACCAGGGGAGCAUGGCGCGGAAACAGGUGUGAAAGGGAGCAGAAAGAGGAGGUUGGAGGACUUGGACUGGGGGGAAGAAGAAGAGGAAGAGGAGGAGGGAGACGAGGGAGGAAACGCAGGAGAAGGGGAAGAGGAGGGGGAUGGAGAGGAGUGCAAGGAGGGAGAACAGGAAGGCGAGCAGGAAGGAGAGCAGGAAGGAGAGCAGGAAGGAUUGCAGGACGGAGAGCAGGAGAAGGAGGGGGAUGGAGUGAGUGAGGAAGCGUCACUCGUCCGCCCAUCCUUUCCCACAACUCCCUCCCCGCUCCUUUGCUCCGAAGCGGACUUCCAGCAGCUCUUAUCCUGCAUCGAGGCUGCUUCUAACGAGGACGCCAUGGCCAUGGCUCUCCAGCUCCUCCUAGAGGAACAGCGUGCCGCCAAGGAAACCUCCUUCUUCCUAAGACGGCUCCGGUUGAUGCGAGUAGAGUAUCUCCUGCACUACCACUCCCUUGUCCGCUCCAUCACUUUCAAUCUCCACCGAGACGUUGCAGACAAUGAUGCGAUCUGCCAGCAGGAGAUCCAACGGCUGAGGCGCGUCUGCCAGGCCGGCAUGACAGCUGGCGCGACGCUGUCGCAGCACCAGAUGGACCACGCGCGGAUCGAGGAGCGCCCACGGCCCCGCCCCUGGUGGGAGGAGUGUAUUGACCCGAAUUACCCUCCGGAGUCGUUUCAGAAGGCGUUCCGAAUGAGCCGGGAGACGUUUAUGGAGCUCUGUGACAUGCUGGCACCGCUGAUUGUGAAAACGCCAUCCAAAUUCAAGGCAGCCACCAUUUCAGGGGACGUCAGGCUCGGAGCAACGCUCUGGCGCCUGGCCACAGCGGAGCCUAUGUAUAUGAUCUCCAAGCGGUUUGUGCUUAGCAAGUCCACUGUGCAUGUCAUCUCGAAUGACGUGCUCAGAGCACUGAACGAAGUUGUUCUGCCCAAGGUGGUCGUCUGGCCCGAGCCAGGCAGCUCUCGGGCAGCUGAAAUUUCGGCCCAUUUUCUGGAGCUGUGCGGGGUGGAUCACGCCUCUUGGGCGGCCCAGCAGCUGGGGAACGGGCAGCUGAUAGGAACGCUCUACACCACGCACCUCCCCAUCAAAACGCCGCCCUCCAACCUCGGAAAGUUCCUCAAUAAGCAGCACACAGAGCGAUUCGUCCAGCCAUCCUACUCCAUUGCAAUGCAAGCAGCCAUCGACGCCAACGGGCAGUUUAUAAACCUUUGCAUCGGGCUGCCCGGAGCCCUUUCUGAUGAGGAGGUAUUGCAGCAGUCGAGUCUCUUCCAGAAGGGGCAGGCGGGGGAGUUGAAGGGAGCCAAGCUGAUUGGCUCGCGGUCUUACCCUCUCCAGGAUUGGCUGCUGGUCCCGUACGACGAAUCGGACAGCGCCACAUGGCACCAGACGUCGUUCAAUGAGUGCCUGGAGAAGGGGAUCGCAGUGGGGAAGGACGCCAUUGGCCGGCUGAAAGGCCGGUGGAGGAUCCUGCUGAGGCGGGCCGAGGGGAAAUUGCACGAGCUGCCCCGCUUGGUGGGGGCGUGCUGCGCGCUGCACAAUUUUCUGGAGCAGAAGGGCGAGGCGUUUGACCCUGACUGGGCGCACGAAGCCUUUGAUGACUUCAUCCCUGCGAAGAGGGCGGAUGAAGAGUCGCCGGUUGCUGUGGCGGAGAGGGAUGCGCUGGCCCAGGGGAUGUGUCAGGCAGUGCACGGGUGAGAGGGCGAUGCUGCCAAUGCUCUCUGAGGGGUUUGACGAGGGCCAGGUGCACGGGUGGGAGGGGUGCCUGCCUGCAACGAGGCGUUGGGGGAGGAAGGCAGCACGGAGGGAGGAGGAGGAGGAGGAGGAGGAGCCCUUGGCCGCUGCAGCGGAGAGGGGUGUGCUGGUCCACGGCCCAGGAGAUAUUUCAGGCUGUGCAUGGAAGGCAGGGGGAAGCUUCCUCCCCCGCUACAUCUCCGGUUGGCUGCAUGCAGUCUGCGCCUCCCCCAGAUGCAUCUGGGCGGCCCUCUGCAUCGUCAUCUCCGUGUGGCUCCGGUGGAUCCCAGCCAUUGAUGCCGUCAUCUCAGAUCAAGUCUCAGCCGUCCAUCCCAUCCUCAGCCCCUUCUUCCCCUCCAUCAACCGCUACAAGUGCAAAAAGGGCAUUAUGCCAUUUUGUGGGUGUGAUGUUCGGGUGCUGGAGAAUGUGGAGUAUUUGCAACAGCUGAAGCGGCUAGCACAAGAGGGAGGGGUGGCAUCCGACGUCCUUUUCCUCGCGUCCUUUUCCUCACGUCCAUCAGCGACACUCUCAAGGCCCAGCUACUGUCCCACUGCACGGCUGUGGUCUGCACUACACGUCUCUGGUGGACAUUUCCGCGGGACAUCUUUCGUGGGACUACGGGACAUUUUUCGUGGGACUAGGCUACCCUUCGCCAUGGGACAUUUUCCGUGGGACAUUUGCCCCGGGCCAUUGACUUUUCUGUCUCGUGCAGAAAGAGCAUUUAGGCACCGAGCCGUUGGAGGCCAUGGCAGCAAGCAAACCACUGGUGGCGUGCAACAGUGGAGGGCCAAGGCCCAGGGGCCAACGCAGAGCAUACUCCAUGGCAAGGCAGGGCGUUUGCUCGCCGUUGGCCCUCCAGUGGGGCCAACGGAGAGCAUACUCGAUGGCACGAUGGGUUUCCUCUGCGCUCCAAGCCUGCAGCUUCCAUGGGCGGGGUAGCUCAACAGCAUGUGGAGAAGUUUUCUACAGAGGUGUUUUGGUGACCGCCUGCAAGGAAUUUCUUUGGGUGAUGUGUUUGUAUAGUACCUUGCUUGCAUUAAUUUCACGUAACGAAAAACGUUUCACUCAUGGCGAUCCAUGCUUGGAUGAAGGCGUAUGCUUCAGAUUUCAAGUUGCAUC